AUAAUCAAUUCUCAUGAGUGAAAAACUAACAAGAGGAUCACAGAGAAUCCCAACACUUGUGUUCGAGAGGGACGAGGUGCCUGAUGCCAUGGGGAGUGGACUAUACACCCCCUUCACAGACAGCGCGAUUCUCUCUCCCACUCAAUUCUCACUCUUCUGAAAGAUUUUUUCUGUCCAUCAAGUUUAUAGUGUGGAUUGGUUAAGGGGGGAAAAUAGGGAGACAAGGUUUCAUUAAUUAAGGUGCCUGAUUUUGAUUUGGUGGGCCAAAAUGGGGAGCAUUGGUGGGUCUGAUUUUGAUUUUGUGUAUGAUGAGGGAUUGGCAAGGAAGUUGAAGAGAAAGCGGUUUGAUUUCUGGGAUGUUGAUAUUAAUACUUGCAGUGACACAUUGCGGAGGACCUCAAAAGUCAAGCGGUUGGAUGAUGGAAUGAAUAAGGAUUACAAGAAAUUUCUUAAGCAUUUACCAGGAAAUAGUGAAUUAAGGCACUCUGUGAGAGAAGAGAGGGAUGGUGGUGAUGGUGAUGGAAUGGAUGAGGAUUACAAGGCAUUUCUUUACAAUUUAUCAGGAAAGAGUGCAAAAGAGUGAAUUUAGGCGCUCUGUGAGGGAAGAGAGGCCUGGAAAAAGUGAAUUAAGGCACUCUGUGAGAGAAGAGAGGGAUGAUGGAGAUGGUGAUGGUGAUGGAAUGGAUGAGGAUUACAAGAGAUUUCUUUACCAUUUACCAGGUAAUAGUGAAUUUAGGCAUUCUGUGAGAGAAGAGAGGGAUGAUGGUGAUCGCAGUGAUGAGGAUGACCGUGCAGACCCUCAGUAUAAGAUGUUCUUGGAGAAGUUGAAAGAAGAUGGAAAAUCUUAUGUGCUUGAAGUUGAUAUUAAUAUUAAAAUGUCUUUACGUAGAAAGUAUGAAGUAGAGGUUGAUUUGGAUGACGAGCGUGAGUUACCCACUCUGAGAAAAUUGAUGAAAGUUCCAGAUACAAUGAUUAUGGAAACGAAAAAAGACUUGAGGAAUCUUUCAAGAAAAGACAAUAUAAAAACCCAAGACAAUCCAAUGUAUGUUGUGAGCAAAGAUAUGUUGGAUCCCUCAAACAAUAAGACGAAUGCCAUAGGAAUAGAAAGAAGGGAUUUGCUGUUGGAGAAGGAUUUGAACUCUGAACAAGUAAAUCAUGUUUCUAGUGAGACAAACAGAAAUCAUUUAUUCAAGGUUGAAUGUGAGCAUGGAACGGAAGCUGAUAUAGUGAUGGAUGAAGACUACCAGACAUUCCUGAAUUUAAGCAAAGAGGAAGGUGAUUGCAUGAUUCUUGCAAAUCAUUUUUUCAAGACUGAAUGUGAGCAAGGAACCGAAACUAGUAUAGUGAUGGAUGAAGACUAUCAGACUUUACUGAAUUUGAGCAAAGAGGAAGGUGAUUGCACAGUUCUUGCAAUGAAAGCCGGUGAACAGGUGACAAUGGCAGAUCCAGGAAUUUUUAUCAAGGCCCGCCCGUGGGAUGUGAUAUGUGAAGGACAUAAAGUUGAAAGUUGUUCUGAUUCCGAAGUAUUUAUGACAUAUAAUGCUUCUGAUCUUAAUAAAGGAAACUUUAACCCAUUUAAAACUUCAAAACAAAUUGAUUCAUUUAUGCAAGAAGAUGAGCUGCAGUUCCUUGGAAGUCUUGAUACAGGCAAUCAUUCUGAGUUCAGAGAUAAGCUCGUGGCUAAACUCAGAGAACCAUAUAACAACGAGGAAUAUGAAACACUUUGUCGACUUAUAAAUGGGCGGAAGCAGAUGGAUGGACGCCAUAGAGAUUUACGUGGACCUGCAGCAUUAAAAUCAUACUUGAAGGAUGAAUGCAACUUGUCUUAUCUUGAUCGGCAUAUGAGUCUUAAAAGGAAGAUUAAUGCAGUCAAAUUUGAUCGACGCAAAGUAUUGAAUCUCUUGCGUGGGUUUUUCUUUUGGCUGGAGAAUUUGGCUUAUGAAGAUGCAUUCCGUCCAUGGUUAGACCCCUCAUACUUGGAAGUGUUGCCAAGAAAUCGCUAGAAGAUUCUGCCUAUGCUCUGAAGUCUGAUAUAUUAGAGAAGGUUGUCUGACAAUUUCUUCUGGUGUCAUAGUGAAGUACUGCUUCGACUAAAGUUCUUUUUAUCUAUCUAUCUAUAUAUAUAUAUAUAUAAUAGA